UACACUAAAAAAAGGGGGGAGGGGGUUCCAAAAUUGCCUGCAUCAUAGUCAUAGGUGCAUCACAGUGAAUUAGAAUAGAGGGAAUAAAAGUGUGCCAUAGACUGUAAAUUUCCCCAGUGUUGGACAAAUAAAGGAUAUCUUUAUAUUGAUUGAAAAAUACUUUUCAGAAGGCAAAUUCCAAGUGAAUGCCUAGGUUUAAAACAAACCCCCCAAAAAUGGGUUUGUUAUUCUCAACAACAUUUCAUGAGAUGCACCUGAUUCGACAAUUGCUACUCCAUCAUCGUGAGUGCAGUGGUCGUACCAGGUCAUUUCCAGUGAGGAAGAGGAUGGGGUGGAGUGUCAACGCUGCGAUAAUCGCAUUGUUGUGUUACACCGCCUCAGAGAUAAAUUCCACGUUGUGUGCUGCAGCAGAAUACUUUUGUGUGUGUGUGGGGUAGGGGGCGGGGGGGGGGGGGAUACACACAAUCUGGAUCAUUUGGUAAGUUUUUUUUUCUUUCAAUAGAUUGGUCAUAAUUACUGGUGAAGCCCUGUGCAACGUGCAAGUUUUGCCUUGUGCGGUCUUGUGGCUUCCUGGUGUUAAGGGACUUUGGUGAAGUGAAGGGAGACACUUCAUUUAGUCAUUAUUUUACCACAAUCUUGUGGCCUCUGUACGCGAUUAUAAAUGAUACGGGCAGCAUGGAUUUUCGCUAUCCACGGCAGGGCUUUGAAAUGCUAUAAACAUGACAACAAUGUGAGCAUUUCGAGAUGUCCCGUAGUUGUCAAUUAACUCAUCUGAUGAGAGAAAUUGUCUUCUUUGGAGAUUAAAUCCGAUUAGCAAACUCUGCUUCUGACACUUGGGUGUAAUUUGUUUAUCUGACAAGGCUAAUCUACUUAUUUGCUCAUGAAAGCGCAGUGCUUAUUACGCAAUAAUGAUUUCCUCUUUCCUUCCACGCAGCGACUGACGACCGUCAUCCUGCAGGAGGCCGCCCAGCAUCUGUUAUCCGGAACAUGUCCAACAGCGAGCACAAGAGAAUGGAGUUUUUCCGAAACUUCCUGAAUGGCUGCGGCGCGGACAUGUCGUGCAACUCUUCGCACUUUCUAAUGCAUAACGACACGGGAGGGCUUGAGCUGGCUGGAGACGGGGUGCCGUGGUUGUGGAUCCUAACCUCGGUGGUCUACUUCGCGGUGGCCACGGGCGGCGUGGUGGGCAACCUGCUCGUGUUAUUCCUGCUCUACACCACGCGCACCAUCACCACGGGCACCAUCAACUUUUUUGUCUUCAACCUGGCUGUGGCGGACCUCCUGUUCUCCCUGGCGCUGCCCUUCUGGGCAAUGGACAUCGCGCUGGACUACAGCUGGCCCUUUGGCGUGGUUAUGUGCAAAGCCGUGUCGCUGCUCACAGGCCUCAACGUGUUCGCCAGCUGCUUCUUCCUCACCGCCAUGAGCUUGACACGCUACUGCUACGUGGUCACCGCACUCAAGCCCAGGGCUUCCCUUUGCGGCCAAGACCGCACCUCCCCGGCGGUGACAGUCCUCAUCUGGGCGGCGGCCCUGGUGGCGGCGAUGCCCCGGGCAGUGUUCGCAGACACGCGUCACGUGGGAAGCGGCGACGACAUGGCGUGCCUUCUCCGGUUCCCGGACGGCACCGCCUGGUUGGGGAUAAACCAGCUCCUGCGUGUGGUUUUGGGGUUCCUUCUGCCGUACGCCACCAUCAUCCUGUCGUACCUGCUCCUGCUACGCUUUCUCUGUCGCCACAAGCUGAAGGGCGGCAACUCCCAACGGAAGGCUGACAUCACCAAGUCGGUGGCGGUAGUGGUGGUGUCCUUCUGCGGCUGCUGGUUUCCAUACAACGUCCUCACGAUGUGGAGCGCCUUGAUCCAACUGGACAUAGUCGACAUCAGCCCCUCCUUCUACGGGGCGCAGACCUACUUCUUCCCCCUGGCUAACUGUCUGGCCUUCGCCAGUAGCUGCUUCAACCCGGUCAUCUACUGCCUGGUCCGCAAGGAGUAUCGAGCGGCCCUGCGCAACAUCUUCUUCAAGUUGAAACUGGCCGUCAUGUCCAAGAUGCCUUACGCCGUCAACACUGACGAGGGCUCGGAACAAGCGGGCCAGGUGGCCAUCCCCCUGAGCAACAUGCCGAGCCAGACAAGCCAGUUGGACUCGAGGCGAUCCGCACACUUGUCGACACUCCCAACGGUGGUCUCAACUUUGUAGAGACAGUUAGCGCGUUGGCAUGGGAGUUUCUUGGUUUGAAGACACAAAAUGGGGGAAAUGUCGUAAACCGGGGUUUCGAAAUCAUACGAAAAUAUAUCAUGACAUACAUAGAGUAAUGGAGCGUGUGUGUGUGUGUGUAUAUAUAUAUAUGAAAUCACUUCUCAAUUGCAAUUUUAUGUUCACACCUGCAAUGAUCUGGAAAAGGACGAACCAAAUGCUGUUUGGCAGUGACGAACUAACACAACAAAUUCAGACAGAUUCUGCAGCGAGACACGACGCAUUUUAAACUCCCAAAUACCACAUGGUGGUGCUGUUGUUUGUUCCUUUUCCGUUGCACUUCUAAUCCCGCUGUACUGAUA